AUGGAAUAUGUCAAAAGGGUUUUAGAAAAGGGUGUUUACAGGAUUUGGAGGACUAGAAGAGGUCAUAUAUUGUCCAGGACCAAUGCACAGUACUUGUUUAGAACUGCCAACAGCCUCUUUGGAGACAAGUCUCAUGAAUUCCUCUUGUCUUUCAAAAACUCCUGCCUCAAGUUCUACCAAGCUGAGAUGGAAGAGCUCGACUUUCAUACCGCUGCGGAAGAGACCAGGGCACACAUCAACACCUGGGUGGCUGAAAAGACGGAAGGACAGAUUACAGAGUUGCUGUCUCUGGGUUCAGUGGAUUCAAUGACUAAUCUGAUUCUGGUGAAUGCCAUCUAUUUCAAAAGAUACUGGGAUAAUCAGUUUAACAAAACACAGACCAUGGAAAGACCAUUUAAAGUCAGCAAGAAUGAGGAGAAACCUGUGAAGAUGAUGUUUAAAAAAUCUACCUUUCAAAUGGCCUAUAUAGAGGAAAUAUUCACCAAAAUUCUGGUGCUCUCCUUUGUGGGCAAAGAGCUGAACAUGAUCAUCAUGCUUCUAGAUGAAAACCCGGAUUUGAGGAUGGUGGAGAAAGAACUCACUUAUGAGAAAUUUGCAGAGUGGAUGAGGCCAGACAUGCUGGACGAAGAAGAGGUGGACGUUUUCCUCCCUAGAUUUAAAUUGGAGGAGGAUUACGACAAGAAGAAUGUCCUUUGCUCUCUGGGCAUGACCGAUGCCUUUGAGCAGGCCAAGGCAGACUUCUCUGGGAUGUCGUCCAGGAAAGACCCGUAUCUGUCCAGGGUGGUGCACAAGGCCUUAAUGGAGGUGAACAAGGAAGGCACAGAGGCUGCGGCGGCCACAGCGGCCAUCACGAUGUUGCGGUGUGCAAGAAUCAUGCCCCGGUUCUGCGCCGACCACCUCCUCUUCUUUAUCCAACACAGCAAGACCAACAGCAUCCUGUUCUGUGGCCGCUUCUCCUCCCGGUAAGGACAUAAUCAGUCCCAAAUGGCGUCCUCUUCCUUUCCCUGCUGGCCUGCUUUUCCUGACUCUUCACAAUGUGCCUACUAUGCAAAGUGACCUUGGGUGACAAUCCAAAAAUAAAAGGCCCGAUUUUGGGAAAAACAAAA